AUGAACCAUUCAAUUCAAUUCGAGUUUGAAUUCCGAUUGUUGGUCACUGUAGAAGCGACCCCUUCAAGUGUUCGUGAAAAUGCUAGAGAGGAACUCCUUCGUACACAGUGCAAUUUGUCACCCCGCGAAGGUCACCCGGGUUCCUCCCCUAACAAAACAACACCACUCCCAACCCCAAAUCUGCCAAACACACCGUUUCCAAAAAGGAAUCCAAUGAGUUUACGGUGGGGCCGAGAAGGUCUUCGCGGCUGA